AGUUAUCUGAAGGUGUUACUAAUAACAACCACUUCGUAUUUAAAAUAAAUGGAAAUUUCCAGUUACCCCCCCCCCCAUCUCUACCGGAAGCACUUUGUUACUCCUUCCGGUGCAGAGUUUGUUUGGCAGCAGCAUGGCGGAAGCGAGCUCGGCUGAUUGUGUUUGGCCAGAAAUUGAAAAAGCAGAAAAAGAAAACAGACGAGAGUUGGUUCUUCAAGGCCCCGCAGUCGAUGAGAAGAUUAAGACAAGCGGUGGAAUUCAUCCAAGACUUUAUUCACUCAACCUACUUAAUUAUCUCGAAAUUAGGCAGUGCGCGAGUCUGCGUGAGAUCCAUGACAGCAUUAAAAACCUGUCUCAUCUGCAGAGCCUCAUCCUCUGCAGGAACAAGAUCUCAUCCGUGCCCAAAAGCUUCGGAGAGCUGAAAUCUCUGAAAGUCUUAGACUUGUCAGUGAACGAGCUGCAGGCUUUGCCUGAGGAGAUCUGCUCCCUGAGCGAGCUGACCACGCUGAAUGUCAGCUGUAACCGCAUCGAGGCUCUUCCGGACGGGUUAAGCCGCUGCACCAAGCUGUCCAGCAUCAACGUGGGGAAAAACGCGCUGGGGUGUCUUCCUGAAGACCUGUUCUCUUCUAAACUCGAGCUGCUCAGCACGAUCAUAGCAUCAGAGAACACCAUCGAGCAGUUAUCCAGUGAGAUCCACAACCUGUCCGCUAUUAAGGUGUUGGACCUUUCCAAUAACAAGCUCACCGAGAUCCCGUUCGAGCUGGCGGACUGCCCCAAACUGAAGGACAUAAACUUCAAAGGAAACAAGCUGAAGGACAAGAGGCUGGAGAAGAUGGUGAACAGUUGCCAAACUAAGUCAGUCCUGGACUACCUUAGAGUGGGAGGCCGAGGGAAAGGCAAGGGCAAGCAGCUGGACGCAGAUGGUGCGGAGCAGAGUGACAGGAAUCGGAAUGUCUCCAAAAAGAAAAGUGCUGCUAAGCACAGCAAAAAGGAUAAAAAUGAGGAAGAUGCAGUGGAUGAGUUGCAGAAAAUGGUUGUUAAAAUCCUGCAUGUAUCUGAGUCUUCCUCUGCCAUAAUGGUGAAGGUCUCUCCUCAGGUGAAGGAUGUGCGACCGUACAUAGUGUGCUGCAUCGUUAAAGGGAUGAACCUGAAACCAGGAAAUGCACUCAAGAGAUUUUUAGCGGCUCAGACCAAACUUCAUGAUGACAUUUGUGGUAAGAGGACAACAGCUACUAUCGCCACUCAUGACCUGAGCUUACUGAAAGCCCCUCUACUCUAUGAUGCCAGACCUCCUGAUGUUCUCAGGAUAGUUCCUCUGGGUCGUAAGGAGAUGAAGGCCGGUGACCUGCUAAGAAUGCUCCAGCAAGAAGCAGAUGAACAGAGGAAGCAAAAGAAACGUCAGAAUGUGUCAGGCCUUCACAAGUACCUUCAGCUGCUGAAUGGGAAAGAUCAUUACCCGUGCCUGAUUGACGCUGAUGAUCAUGUGAUCUCGUUCCCUCCUAUUACAAAUAGUGAUAGAACAAAGAUCAAAAAGACCACACAAGAGCUUUUCCUCGAGGUCACAAGCUCUACGAGUUUACAAACCUGUAAGGACGUCAUGGACGCACUAAUUAUAAAAAUGGCAGAGCUGAAUAAGUUUACCUUCGACAACAGAGAGGAGACCUGUUCAGAUGAUGAAUCUGCCUCUAACCCCGCCACAGACGGGUUGGCCACAGCUGAGUUGAGUGUGGUGCAGGUGAAGGUGGUGGACAUAGAGGGCAAUCUGAAAGUCUUGUACCCGUCCAAAACUGACCUAACCUCUGACGUCAGCCACCUAACCAUCAUCCGGUAACCAGCUUCAACAGACAAGCCUUCAAUAGUUAUUAAAUAAUAUUAAAUAAUAUUAAAUAAUGGUUAUCAUUAUAUACAACACUGUAAACUGUCAGUAAGUUUCAUACUCGGUUUUUAAACAAUAAUUAUAGUCAUAUGCAAAAGUUUGCAUCUCCAUAGUUUCUGGGUGGGAGAAAAAAAAUUCUUGAUUUUAUGACUGUUGUUCCAAUAUCGAACAAGAAAGAUCCAAAUAAGAUGAGACUGGAAUGGUGGCACAGCAUGGCUGGUUCACAGCUUCAUGGUCCAAUAUUUGAUCCUGGGCUCAAGUUACUCACUGUGUAAAGUUUCUAAACAUGGUUCCUAUGUAUGCUCAUGGUUGUCAUCUGGGUUUUCUGUUUCUCCCCCACCUUUCGACAACACGGGUGGAUUUGCUAAUAUAAAUAGAAUGUGUGCAUGAUGGUCUGCGGUGGACUGAUGUCCCAUGCCAGUCUUGUUUGUGGGACAGUCUCCAGAACCACUAGUACCCACAUCAACACUAAAGUGUUUUCAUAACCCUUGCUUACUGAAAGUGAGCAAGGAUUAUCAUGACCCUCCAUGUCUCUCUAAGUAUGAUUUGAAGGACAUUGGGCAUGUCUUAAAUAAUGUGCAAGGCUUCCUAUGUUAUGACUAGAGGAUUCAAAAGCUGCUCAAGUUAUUAGAGAAUAUCUUUAUCUGAUUAGGAAAGGAAAUCCACUUUUUUUUAUAUAACAUUGGAGAACUGUAACAUAGUUGGUAUGAACCCUUUUAUUUUUUCUAAUAUCCAUCUCAUUGCAAACUUUUGAACUUGACUGUAUUUAUGAAUUUAAUCCGUUAAAGUGAAAAAAACAUUAUUUUUCUUUUGGCCUUUAAAUAACAUGUGUACUUGAUUUAUCCAAUGCCCUUUGAGUUACAAAUGGAACAAAGACACAGUUCUGAGUAUGUUUAAAACACUUAAAACAGCACUUAAUAAAAACUAAAUAAAUCAGUUUUGAAAUCCA